UAUUGCAGCGGGGAAAAACGGGUUAAAAAUAUCAGGACAAUCAGGGAGAGGUGGCGCACAGGUCAGAAUCCACAGCGGUAUGUAACUACACAGCAGGGAGGAUUGACCAUGUCAGUCUGUGACCAUGACGGGACUGAGUGAACUGAGGCCAGAGAGCGUGUCGCUGCAUCCUGUGGGCACAGCAGCUGCCCCUGUGCCGGAGCUGCUGUGCAUCUUCGGGACGGGAGACUUGGGGCGCUCUCUGGGCCUGCGUCUGCUCCAGUCUGGCUACAGGGUGGUGUACGGCAGCCGCAGACCUGACAGCUGUGGCCCCCUGCCUCAGGGUGCUCAGGCGAUGACCCACGCAGCCGCUGCAAAGUCAGCCAGUCUGAUCUUUGUCUGUGUUCACAGAGAACACUAUGAGUUCCUGGAGACCCUCGCGCCUCAUCUUAAAGGAAAGGUGCUGGUGGACCUCAGCAACAACCUGAAGAAGGACAUGUACCCAGACGCCAACGCCGCCUACCUGCAGAGACUGGUCCCUGGAGCUGCUGUGGUGAAGGGCCUUAACACGCUGUCUGCCUGGGCCUUGCAAAAUGGACUUCUGGCAGGAAAACAGGUGUUCCUCUGUGGGAACAGUGCGGAGGCAAAGCGGGCCGUCGCUGAGCUGGCCACCAAACUGGGCCUCACUGUUUCGGACAAAGGGUCUCUGUCAGCAGCCAGAGAGCUGGAGGACUUCCCCCUGCGGCUUUUCCCAGAGUGGAGGCUGUCUCUGAGCGUGGCCCUUGGCCUCAUUACCUUCUUCUUCUUCUAUUUACUCAUCAGAGAUGUCAUCUAUGCAUAUGUGGAAAAGGGGAACGACAUCUCCUACAGAAUCAUGGUAUCCCUGGCCAACAAGGUGUUUCCAAUAGUGUCUCUCAUCAUGCUGUCUCUGUGUUACCUGCCUGGCUGCAUAGCUGCCUUCCUUCAGCUCUACAGAGGGACCAAGUACAGGCGUUUCCCCAAUUGGCUGGACCGCUGGAUGCUGUGCAGGAAGCAGAUGGGUCUGGUUGCACUGGGCCUUGCUUUGCUCCAUGCCAUCCACACAUUCAUCAUUCCUAUUCGCUAUUCUGUCAGACACAAAAUCAUCUCGGGUGUGGUGAAUGAGAUGAAGAACAACAAAACCACCCCGUUCGACUUUGACAAUACAGAGGCAUGGGGCACAGACUCAUUCUAUGUGCUGGGAGUCAUGGGCUUCUUCCUCUAUGUCCUGCUAGGACUAACAUCCUUGCCUUCUGUGGGAGGCACUCUCAGCUGGAGAGAGUUCAGCUUCAUUCAGUCAAAGCUGGGCCACCUGACCCUGAUGAUAUGCACAGCACAUGGCUACCUCUACGGCUGGGACAAAUUUCUUCGUGCCUCUACCUACAAGUGGUACACUCCUCCGGGCUACAUGCUGUGUCUGAUUGUGCCCUCUGUGGUGCUGGUGCUCAAGGCGCUGCUCCUCCUCCCCUGCGUGGACCGAACCCUGACCCGCAUUCGACAGGGCUGGGAGAGGAACCCGCCAAGAGAUGAGAUCAAUAAGGCCAGCAACCUGUGAGCUGACCCCUGAUGACACGGUGCUUGCCGAUUAUUGAGGGUUCGAGUCUCUCAUUAUUUUGAGAGAAAAAGACCCGGUUGUACAUAACUAUUUAUUCUCAAAAUGCGGACGAUCCUAACCUGAAAAAAUAUUUGUAAUUUGUAAACAGGAUUUGCAACAUUUUAUGUUUUGAUUUAUCAAAAUGUGUUUUAGAAGACAAGCUAUUACUUUUUCUAUAAUGUCUUGCGUUUGGAACAAAUACCUUUACGUUCAGGUAAAAUGAGUAAGACAUGACCAAUAGUGCAUAUCCAAAGACAGUUUUGUCCGUGCUCUGCUGGCUUCUGAUUGUGUCCUCGGUUCAGUCAGCUCAGCCUGCUCCUAACUGUGCAUUAGCCAAAACAAAACAGAAAGUAUAGUUUAUCGCAGCCAAAUGGACAGGUCUCCAUGGAUAUAAAUGUUAUUUAAUGUCUGUUUCCCCCGAGCUUUGAUUUCACGUUUGUGCUGUAUCUUUCCGCAGAACGUGGUGAAAAAUAGAUUGAUGUCCCCUGCUGAAAGCCAUUGUUUUGAUAAACAUAGGCACCGGUUUCCGUUUCCCUCUCUCCUUUCCCUUCAAGUGGUGCGAUUGCAUCCCUGAGGUUGCUCUCUUUUUCGAGAUGUUAUUGAUCUCCCUGUUUUCUAACACAAAUGCCUCGCUGCCCAAACCUGCCUGCCUCUCAAGGGCAUGCAGACGGUGCACAGCCACCCACUUACGCCGCCCUGACAUGUGCACGCACGCAACAUAAAGGAGAGGGAGGUUAAGCUAAUCAUAUUACCACAUGCCGAGUCCAUGCACUCAGAUGUACACACAAGAGUGCCAGCGCCACAGAUCACAGAUUUGGUAGCCAAAAAGCUGACUCGGGAGGCAGAGCAGGUGUGAUGAAAACAGACUUUAACUAGAUCUGAAGCAGGGUUAUAGUUGGCAACAAAUUCAGAGGGCUAAAAAGCAGGCGGAACAGAGCGUAGGGUGUGUAACGAAACCAGCAUUGACAGUAUAGCUUCAAUACACACUGAUGUCGUGGAGGAUAGUGUUUCCUGGAUAGAAAUUCCAACUUCUAAACCUACGAGUGUUCCAGGUGCAGGACGCCAAACAUGAACAAUGAACAAGGCUGACCAAAAAAAACGGAUGUCUCUUUAGAGCAAACAAUUGAACUCUAAGCCAUUACGGCCCCCUCCUAGCAUAUAUAAGAAAAUUUAAAAAUGAUGCAUGAGGUGACUCUGAGAAACUGUGGGCAAAGAUGCAGAUGAUAGGGCGGCAGGAUUCAUCUGUGUAAUGUGUACACUUGGAUGUUGAAUGAAAGGUGACACUGAUAUUUUGCAACAAAGUCAUAGCGAAAAUAAACAACUUGAAAUGUAUUGUUCUGUAAAGAUGUGAGAAAAUCUGGUGAUAUUUGUGAAGUAACAAAAAUCUAAUGAAUAUAUACACUGUGCUUAAUUGUAUGAAAAUUCGCAUUUCAUUUCAUUGUUAACGUGACUACUGCAGAACAUUGUACGAAUGCUUCUUUUUCUGUCACAAAGAGCUGCUCUUGAGGUCAUCUUGACCUUUAACAGUAUCGGUGGUUUCAUUCAGAGAAAACCAAGGCUGCGCAAAACGUGCACCUUGUGAACUGUCAAAAGGCCUGAGUGCACUGCUCUGAAUCUAGGUUCUCAAACUGAAAAAGCAGCCUCUCAAAAAUCAACGUGCAGAAGUUCCGCUGUAUGUUUGGGAAUCAGUCUUGUUGCCUGAAAUGCAUUUUUUCCUCAUAUGGUAAAUUGUACAUACUGGAUUAUAAGUCCAACUCUGUAAUGCCCCAGGACUGCACGUUAGACCGCAUAACUCGGCACAGUAUGGGGCACAUGCACCGUGGCUUGUGACAGAUGCCAUUACUGCCAGUACUUUCACACUUGGAAACAUAUCAACAUUGUCCAUUAACCAGCCUAUUCAAAUAAUGCCACUUCAAAAUACAUUGUAACCCUCUUGCCGUGCAUGCUGCCAUCGCUGUGUGACGUCAGGGUUGCUGGAUUUGAGUUGCAGUUGUGUGCACAGCCUGUGUGAGUAAUGUAACAAGUAAGAGUAGAUGAGGAGCUGCAGGUGACAGGAUGCACAACCUCCAACUUCUCUGUGAUGAAACCCUCCUCCCUUUCCCCUCUCCUUGUCAUUCAUUACGGUUUUCAGGUUCUCUGUUAGUAUUGGGUUGAAAUCCCAAAUUUUUACCAAAUACAUGCCUUUGGUUUUCACUUUGACAACAGAUCAUCUGUUGGUCAACACUCUCCUUGUGUGUUAAAGUGUUUGCAAAGAGUUAGUAAACUCUAACUCCUGCUGCUCUUUGCUGCAACUCUGCUGCUGCUGCAUGAGGCAGAAACCCUCAGUUUAGCAAAAACAAUGGUGGUGGUGUUGGGUAAUGUAGUAAUGUAAUACUUGUAUAUCGACAUGUAACACCAGGAACACUGACUACCCCAGCAAGCUUAAUGGAUUUCCCCCCCGAUCUUUUCAAGUAGGAGGUCAGAAAUGUUUGAAUUCCAAGUUGUAUGGAGCGCAGCAUGAUAGCAGACCAGGAGCAGCUGGGUAGGCAGGUGACUUGAUCAGCAGAGGUGGGAAAGUCAAUGGUGACUGCUGGUGGACAGGUGCAGCAUGGCAGCUGUGGACGGAGAUGAUAUAUUAGUUUAUACAACACUAAUCAGAUGAUCCAGAGGCAGAGGAGGGAAGAGAGGAGGAUGUGGCAGCUGUCGCCGUGACAGAGUCUGGUGCUACAAGAGGAAUCUGCAGCGCCUUUUCUGCCCCGAGCAGAAACAGUUUAGUCAGAAACAUCCUGUUAUCUCGCAUCUAACGAUAUUAUCUGCAUACACAAUCUGCAAACCCUCACAGCCUCUCACAUUGUAUUAUUCUCCUAUUACCAAAGAACUGCUGUUGAUUUUAGCUUAUUUCCCGCUGUUGGGCUCUGUGUGUGUGUGUGUGCUGAUGUAAUGAGAUAGAGUAUUCCAAUAUUGCCCACGGAACGAAUUAUGAUGUAGCAAUGUACAGAAAAGCUGUGAAACAAGCUAGCUUACAUUCAUCAUUUCCUCUCGUGUUUAAUGUUGUACACCCGGGCUACCCUGACACCCAUAAUAGGAUUAUGUGUGUCCAGCCAUGAACGCUCACUUAUAUCAGCAUAAAUUGUGGCUAAAGACACAAAUCAUGGGCAGCAUGAUGUGACGUGUACACUUGCUGAAUGAAAGGCAACCAAAAUGAUCUUGACACUAUUUAACUUGAAAUUUCUUGUUAAAAGUAUUCUACUGAAUAAAUAGAUUGUGGUUUAUUGUAUAAAAUGUCUUCACUUAUGUGUUAUAUGGUUUGCAGAUAUACAUUUUUAACUUGUUAAGCCCGAGCAGAGCUA